AUGUCGAAGACUAAGGUUUCCUCCAAGGCUGAGAAGCCCAGCAAGACCUUGAAGGUCAAGGACGCUGCCCCCAAGGUUACCAAGAAGGUCGCCACCAAGGAGGAGAAGUCCAAGAAGAACAAGAAGAAGGAGCCUACUCCCAGCAGCUCCGAGUCUGAGUCCGAGAGCGAGGAGGAGUCCUCCAGCUCCAGCGAGUCUGAGGAUGAGAAGCCUGCCAAGAAGGAGGUCAAGAAGGUUGCCAAGAAGGAGGAGUCUUCCUCCGAGUCCGAGUCCGACAGCGAUGAGGAGAUGAAGGAUGGUUCUUCCAGCUCCAGCGAGUCUGAGGAUGAGAAGCCUGCCCCCAAGAAGGCUGAGAAGCCCGCCAAGAAGGCCGAGAAGAAGGUCGAGUCUUCCUCCGAGUCUGAGUCUUCUGACUCUGAGUCCGAGUCCGAGGACGAGAAGCCCGCCAAGAAGGCCGAGAAGAAGGAGGAGUCUGACUCCGACUCCAGUGACAGCGAGUCUGAGUCCGAGGCUAAGGCCGAGAAGGAGUCUUCCGACUCUGACAGCUCCGACUCUGAGUCUGAGUCUGAGGACAGCGAGGACACUGCCAAGGCCUCCAAGAAGCGCAAGGCUGAUGACGAGGUCGAGGCCCCCGCUAAGAAGACCAAGACCGCUGAGGUUCCCGAGGGUGCUUCCGCCAACCUGUUCGUCGGCAACCUGUCCUGGAACGUCGAUGAGGAGUGGCUCCAGCGCGAGUUCUCCGAGUUCGGCGAGGUUUCUUGCCGUGUUGUGACUGACCGUGAAUCCGGCCGCUCCCGUGGUUUCGGUUACGCUGAGUUCGCUGAGAUUGCUGAUGCCGUUAAGGCCUUCGAGGCCAAGAAGGGUGCCGAGCUUGAUGGCCGUACCAUCAACUUGGACUACGCCACUGCCCGCCAGAACAACCAGGGUGGUGACCGUGCCCAGGCUCGCGCCAGUGCCUACGGUGACCAGACCAGCCCCGCCUCCGACACUCUGUUCGUUGGCAACCUGCCCUUCAGCGCUACUGAGGAUGCUCUGCGUGAUGUCUUCGCUGAGCAGGGUAGCAUCCUGGGCAUCCGUCUGCCCACUGACCCCGAGUCCGGUCGCCCCAAGGGUUUCGGUUACGUUCAGUACUCCUCCGUUGAGGAGGCCCAGGCUGCCCACAGCCAGCUUGCUGGCACUGAGAUCGACGGCCGUCCUCUGCGCCUCGACUUCAGCACUCCCCGCCCUGCUGGUGGUGACCGUGGUGGCUUCGGUGGCCGCGGCGGUGGUGGUGGUUUCGGUGGUCGUGGCCGUGGUGGUCCCCGUGGUGGUGGCCGUGGUGGCCGCGGUGGCUUCGGUGACCGUGGUGGUCGCGGUGGUGGCUUCGGUGGCCGCGGUGGCCUCAACAAGGCCAAGGGUUCCAUCCCUGAGUUCAAGGGUACCAAGGUUACCUUCUAA